CCGGCCCGGCCGGUCCGCGGCGGGGGGCGUCUCCUGCGCUCCCUCCAGGGGAGAAGCCGCGGCCUGAGGCCUGCCUGGGCACUCCCGAUGCGGGGCAGAUGCUCACAGCCCUGCGUGCUUUCCUGCUGGCUGCCUAUGUACGUCGCGCUUAAUUUAUUACUAUUAUUGUCCUGUUACGGGAUGUCUUCUGGACAGACCAAUUGCGGGAUGGACGUGGUGAGAACUGAACCUAAGCAAAGCUGCGGGUCGUGGUGAUGUCGGAAUGCAUCACCUCGCGGGGGGUGUCGGUGCACGAAGCCUCCUCUCCCAGUCUGUUUUAGUUACUCCAUGGAUUCCUUUGAGCAACUCAGACCAGAAGAUGACCAGUCAGUAGUGAGCAGAAUGCAGAAGAAAUACUGGAGAACUAAACAAGUCUUUAUCAAAGCAACAGGAAAGAAGGAGGACGAGCAUGUGGUUGCAUCCGAUGCAGAACUGGACGCUAAACUGGAGGUUUUUCACUCCAUCCAGGAGACAUGCCAUGAACUUGUGAAGAUAGUUGAGAAAUACCAGCUAAGACUCAACGUCAUAUCAGAGGAAGAAAAUGAACUAGGACUCUUUUUAAAGUUUCAAGCAGAGCGGGAUGCGACUCAGGCUGGUGAAAUGAUGGAUGCCGCUGGCAAGGCCCUCUGUUCUUCAGCCAAGCAAAGAUUGGCCUUGUGUACUCCCCUGUCUCGUCUUAAGCAAGAAGUGGCAACAUUCAGUCAGAGGGCCAUUUCUGACACCUUGGUGACCAUUAACCGCAUGGAGCGGGCCCGCACAGAGUACAGAGGAGCCCUGCUGUGGAUGAAAGAUGCAUCGCAGGAACUCGACCCAGACACCUUCAAACAAAUGGAAAAGUUUAGAAAAAUACAGAAUCAAGUGAGAAACAGCAAGGAUUCUUUUGACAAGCUGAAGAAGGAUGUCUGUCAGAAAGUGGACUUGCUGGGGGCUAGUCGCUGCAAUAUGCUGUCUCACUCACUCACUACCUACCAGAGAACACUGCUUGGGUUCUGGGAGAAAACAGCUCAGAUGAUGACCCAAAUCCAAGAGGCCUGCGCUGGCUUUCAUCCCUACGACUUCCUGGCUCUCAAGCGACUACAAGACACUCCAGGAAAUCUCACUGCAGACUGCACAGAGGGACAAACAGAAGGCAGUUGUCUCACUACAGACCUCAAUAAGCUGGCCUUGAACUCAGAAAUCCGCCGUUUCUGUUCUCAACCAGCAGUUGCAAGAGCUCUGCCUAGAGACUCACUAGAAGGAGAUGAUUUUGAGAAGGAAUUCUCAUUUCUGAACAGCCUCCUAAGCCCCACUUCUUCAAGUGCUAGUGAGUUUACACAGGAAUGCCAGCCCACGUGUGGGAGCCCCAGCACUGGCCUCACAUCCCAGGAACCUUCAGUAGGACCCGGGUCUCUCACUUCCUCCUCACAGUUCCUUCCUUCACAGCUCUUUGACCUUGGCCUUCACGCUGAUGGAGCUUUCAACACCCCCAACAAUGGUAACCAAGACAUGUCAGCCUGGUUCAAUCUAUUUGCAGACUUGGGUCCGCUCUCAAACCCAGAUGCCAUUGGACACUCAGAUGACGAGCUUCUGAAUGCCUGAUUGAUGUCAUGGUGACUGAUGUCACAGGUUCAGGGGUCUUGAGGCGCCAACCGUGCAACAUUUACCUUUCUGAAGAGAAGUUCCCACUGUGACCUCACACAGAAGCGUGUAUCCAAGAGAGAAGUCUGCCAGCCAACUCUAGUCAGAGUGGUGGAGCAGACUGUUGUACGUGGAUAAUUUUACAAACUCUUGAGUCUGCAGUACUGAGAAACCAGAUUUAUGUCUGAAUCACAGAAGCAUGGUGUAUUUCUUUGGAAGGCGUUUUGUACUUGUUACUUUGCUGUAAGGGGAUAAAAAGUAGGAUAUAAAGUGGCUAUAGUUUGGGGUUUUUCCUUGGUAGUGUCGGGUGUUUUCUGUUGUGGAGAACAGCACUAGAUGUAGAAAGUUUCUCCUCAAGUACAACAUGGAACAAGAUUAGACAACUGUCUGUUUUACUGAAAUCAGAGAAACGUGUUUGCUUUUCUGUAUCUGGAAACUAAAUGCAAUGUUACCUUUCAUACGCAAUCAUGGAUACACUUAGUUCCAUCAUCAAAUUUUCAUGGGGAAGAUAGCAGGAUGUAAAAUCCAUUGUUUGUAGAAAUGGGAAAAGGAAUCUACAAGGCCUGUUUUCACAAACUGUGGCAGCGCAGAACAAUGAGGACCAGCACUGCCAGCCUGAGGAGCAACCUUGCUGAAACCUGCAGAAACUUCUAUGUGAACAGCAAGACUUCUGAACACCUACCUGUCUUUACUGCUGUAUUCUAACUCAUCACAUGCUUUAACGCAGAAGGCUGGCAGACAUGGAAAAUUCCAGACAGUUAAGGAGCAUCCCAGGUUCGUCCUGAAGGUCUAACUUUCACGGUGCCUUCUGAUUGCUAAGCAAAAGCUACCGGCAGAGGACAUAGUUUGGAGGGAAGGCAGUGGCAGUUGGGUGAGCUGGAGAAAUCGGCUCAUGGAUUGCCGCUCGCUCACUUCCUGUCCUUUCUUGUCCACCCUUUAAUUUAGGGGUGGUUUCCCAUGUGUUCUGUCAUCCAGUCCACUGUGACUGAUGUCCCACAAGGGACAUUUUAAUUAAGUUGUUUAUUGUGGUUUUUAUGGGCUUCUAGUUAUUAGCAGGUUGAUUCAGGUUGAAAUUCCACGUAAUGUCCAAGUCAUGGUAUAUAUAGUGAGCUAUUUUUAAGGAGUAAACCAGAGUGGGUGAAUGCUAUCCACUCCACACGCCCAGCAACCUGGCCUAACCCUGUGAACUGCCCCUGUGGUCUCUCAAAAGCCAGUUUCAGGUCACUGGUGCAUGGGCUGCAGAUUCACUUGAGGGUCAAAAACAAAUUCAGACUUGUUCCUGACUAUCUUAGCCUUAAGGAACUAUUAUCUCUUCAGAAGCACUUUCCGUCUGUUGAGUUAACAUUUCCAGUACACGGAACUGCCACUGUGCUGCCAAGAUUUAUCACCAGGAUUACUAUUACGAAUCACAGUCUAAGGCCAGUGCCAGAGCAACCACAGCCAUCAACCUCAAGAAAUGAUAGCGUAGGUCGUCUGUGCUACACUUCUUUGUGAGGAUAUUCCUCCAGUGAGUUAGUUCACAGUUGCGAAAAUACAGUCAGAGCACUUACCAGAAAGACAGAUGCGGGGAAGGCACACAUUAUCCUAGGAACAACUUUCUCAAAGUGGGCAUCUUUUAUACGGAGCGGGGAAACACCUAUAUCCUACUUUAUUUUAUCCCAGAUAGCUCUUCACACAAAGUGAGACAAGCUCCAGCACGCCACCUGCCUUCUUCUCAAGAGAUGCAAGAAUGGAAGGCCAUGCUAUCACGUGUAAUUUGUAUUUUCUGAGAUUUUAAUUAUACAAUAUAGCUCUAAUAUCAUUAGAAACAAAUUGUAUUUCAAAAAAUUAGAUUUCAUUAUUUACACAUUGAAAGGAAAUAUAUUUCCACUCUGAAUAUUCACUUCACAUUACUAUUGUUCUGGAUCUUUAUCUCAUGCUUCCUAUCUCAUAGGUCUAGAAAUAUACAGAGCUUACAGCAUUAGGAUGCUAGUUCAAGUGUGCUCUCGCUCUCUCUUGAGCAUCUACUAAUAAAGACUACAGAUGGCAUAAAG